UUUAUGUCAUUUUGUGUGCGAUAGUCCUUAUGCUAUACAUCAUAUGCAGGUUAUGCUAUUUCGUGUGUGAUGGCCCUUACAGUUCACGUUAAUUAUACUAUAGGUUUUCAAUAUUGGCAGUGUAUAUCGGAAUCGGAACUCACUGAAACGCAGCUUUUAAAGUGAAAUAUUCAACUGGAUUCAACUAUGCCAGAAGAAAAUUUAACCAAACGUUACAUCAUGUGUUGCUACUGUUUACAGUUUACUGUAACAAUGUAACUGUGAUAUAAUUACAAAUUUUUGUUUUAUCAAGAUCUAGUAUUUGUCAUGGAAAGCAAAAGUAGCAACAAUUUUAUUAGUUACGUUGGUUUGGAGGAACACGAACUACAGACUUUCAGUUCUAGUCGACGAGAUUCGUUGGUUGAAAAUAGCAUAAGAUUACUGCCAGGAGAAGUUCUUAUCGCCGAAGCGCAAAAUGUUCUGAUGUUUUCACCCGUUAGCGACUUAAAACAAGGCAUAUCUGGGAUUUUGUCAGUGACCAAUUUCAAGCUUACCUUUGUCACCAGUGAUUCAAACGGGGAGGUAUAUAGUUUUACCAUUAUCGGUUUGAUGAAAAACAUGAAAACGUAAAAUGUUAACAUUAGAAGUUAGAUUAUGAGUGCUUUCCAGCUAUAAAACAUUGUCAUCACUGUGUGACACAGUGAGCUAGUUUACACCGUGCGAUCUGAUCUAUGUCUUGACCUAUAUCCCGACCUUAGGUAGGCUAGUAACAAAUUGUUUACAUCAUGUAAAACUAUACAUAAGUUUGGAUUAAUGUAGGUAAGUUAUGUGGACGCUAUAAAGCAGAUCCAUAUAUUAGUAUUUGCAGGUACACUUACCACUUUAUAGUACACCUCCAUUUACAUGCGUUACGUUGUAUGGCCCAAGAUGGGUUAGAGAUCGUGAAAAAAUGGCCUGACCCAAACAAGUUUGCGAGUGUUUACAUCGUUGUGACCUAUUGUGUUUGGGUUGAAUAUAGUGUAUAGGUCGUGGAUUAAAUGUAUGGUGUAAACUAGGUCACUGUUGCACAAUGUUGAGCUGGAACGCUGUUUAACUUUAUUUUACUGCCAAAGAGCAGAGCAGUAAUUACCAAAAGAUUUGUGAUGUAAGUUAAUAUAAAAAAAAUUUUUUUAUAAAUUGAGCAUUUUUUAAUAAGUCUUACUAAAUAAGAGAUACAGUGCUUUACAAUGAAUUAUUUUAUUUGUUUAAUAUUUAGUUAAUAAUGAAAGCUGAUAUAAUAUAUGCAUUGCAGUGUUUGCAAAUAAAUCCUUCCACUGCUGUAAUUGGAAAAUUAUAUAAUUAUUAAUUAAUAAUUUUAUGUAAAUUUUUAAUUGUAAUAGACUGUAAUAUUUAAGAUUAAUAGUUAACACAGUUGACGUGUGUAAAAGAUAGUAAUAAUUAAUAGUAAAUUUAUCAAUAUUGAUUAUUAUAUCAUAAACAUUUGGAGUUGUAAUAAAU